GGAGACCAGAUAUAGUGAAUGCAGGGUCCGGGGAGACCAGAUAUAGUGAAUGCAGGGUCCGGGGAGACCAGAUAUAGUGAAUGCAGGGUCCGGGGAGAGCGGAUAUAGUGAAUGCAGGGUGUAGGCAGACCAGAUAUAGUGAAUGCAGGGUCCGGGGAGACCAGAUAUAGUGAAUGCAGGGUCCGGGGAGACCAGAUAUAGUGAAUGCAGGGUCCGGGGAGACCAGAUAUAGUGAAUGCAGGGGUCUAGGGAGACCGGAUAUAGUGAAUGCAGGGUCCGGGGAGACCGGAUAUAGUGAAUGCAGGGUCCGG